CGGGGAGAAACACCAAGCGGGGCGAGCACAGGGACGAUACAACCAACGGAGGUGGAGCAGGCAGGGGCUGGUUGCCCGGGGAACCGGAGGAGAUUGCUGAUGCGCUCGGGCGCGUGACGGGACUUGGGUCCCUUUUUCCUCACUGGACACACGGAGGGGCGACGCUGACGUUUUCACACUCGGGACGAGGAACAGAUCUCACGAUGUCGACAGCGAACACACUUGCGGAGCAACCGGACUUCCCGGCGAUGGCAUUACACCUGCAGCGACUGGGACAGGAGAUGUUGAAGUGCGACAACCUUCCGGCGGUGCAGGAAGGACAGACGACUACGAUGAUGUUCCAGAACAUCCAGCAUACCCUUUUGGGUAUUACGAACCGAUUGAGCGCGAUAGAGGAGCGGAUUAGUGCGGCGGAGGUGCGAAGCGAGGCCGUGGAGGCGAACCGGGUAUUGAUCACGCAGAACGGGCUUGUGACGGACAGGGAGGAGCCACUACGACAGCUUUACUCGCUCCGGGACGGGGGCUUGAUUGCGUCUUUUCCGGCGACGGUGUCGGCGAUAAGCACGAUGGAUAGUCCUACGCUGACGGCGGUGCUUGGUCAUUUGCACCUGCCCACGACCGGGUCGGUGGCGGACAAGAGGAGGAGGCUGACUUAUGCGGCUGGCGUCGCGUCACUACGGGUGUAGUAUCCUCGCGUCUUUUUCUUUUCCUUUUUCUGCUGGGCAGCAUAGGCGUAGGCGUAGGCGUUUGGGUUUUCCUGUCGGGCGAUGUCGCCCCGGUUGGCCUUUGGCACAGUCUUUUCAUGCAGGCACCAGUGGGAGUGCCGCUGGAACCUGGUGGGGCUUUCCUUCUCCGGGGGAGAUGGAUCCUGUCGCGGUGUGCACCUGUAGAGCAAUGAACAGUAGAUGAAAUGGACGUAUGAGACAUGCAAUGUGAUGGAGGAAUGGAAUGACCCGUGG